ACUUGCCUAGGCCCAUCAAACGGCAUGAUUCUUCGACUUGUUUUUCCUCAAAAUCCUACCCCAAUCAACACACAGAGUCAUGACCUGAGACAGAUUUUGCUUGACAUAGAAAGACCAUAGGAAGCUGUGCUUUGUUCAUGUAAAGACCAGAGUUAAAGAAAGUGAAAGCUGGGAUCUGGCAAAUAAUCAUGUCUGGUUAGCUAGAGCAGGUGAAAGUGAAAGCUCGUGUUUCGAUUCCAAGUAGCCGUCCAAGACAGUCUCACCAAUAUCUUCCAGGCAGCUUCCUCAUGACCAUAUUUUAUAUUCCUUUCCAAACUUUUUUCUCCAGAGUCAUGGCAAUCAAGUAAAGGCAGUAGCUUCCGUCUUGUUUCUUGCUACAGUAGCUAGGCCACUUCCUACUGCUAGUUAAAACCCCACCUUAAGUCUUGGUUUCUCUUGUAUUUUCAGUCUUUCAGCCAUGGCUUCCCUGUUGAACGAGCUACCUUCCUUUUCCACUCUUCUUGCUGCCUAUGGUUCCCUCACAGCCAUGGCCAUGCUAAUUCGUACAAUAUUGAACGAAAUUAUCCCAAAACCGGUGCAAAAGUUUAUUUAUUCAAAAUUUUCUGGCCUAAUAACAAAUUACUUCUCCUCUAACUUCACCUUCAUCAUUGAGGACCGCUGGCAGGCUGUUUAUAAUGAAACAUAUCGUGCUAUUGAGGUCUACCUGCCUACUAGAAUCGACCCUUCAACUGAUAAACUUCUCGUAGGCUCCAAUGACCCCAAUAACCCAACAGCGCCACUAAAACAAAACAUCCCCGCUGAUAGCAAGAUCAUCGAUGAAUUUGAGGGCAUGACCUUGGAGUGGACUUUGCAUGUAAGAGAAUCGGAUAAGUGUUUUAUCCCGGAUAAGAAAUGCUUUCACUUGACCUGCAAGAAAACUGUUAGAGAUCUAGUUGAACAAAGGUAUUUUCCCCAUAUAGCAAAGAUGGCUGAAACAAUCCUUAGCAAGCGAGAAAACCUCAACAUCUAUACCUACAACCAAGAACGUUCCAGGUGGGAAUCAGCAGUUUUCAAGCACCCUGCAACAUUUGAGACUUUGGCUAUGGAGCCAAAGCUUAAGCAAUCCAUAAUGGAUGAUCUUGACUCAUUUAUGGGACGCAAGGAUUUCUUUGAAAAUGUUGGCAGGGCUUGGAAACGUGGGUACCUUUUGUAUGGUCCUCCAGGGACCGGAAAAUCAUCACUGGUUGCGGCAAUUGCAAAUUACAUGAGCUACAAUAUAUAUGAUCUCCAGUUCCAAAGUGUUCGAAACGACGCUGACCUCAGGCGUAUACUCACAUCCACUACAAACCGAUCUAUUUUGCUCAUUGAGGAUAUAGAUUGCAGCAGAAAAAUUUCAAUAGAUCGUGUCAAGGUUAAAGACAAGCAAGAGAAGGAAGGUGACUCUGUCGAUCCUGGGGUGACAUUGUCAGGCCUUUUAAAUUUCAUUGAUGGACUUUGGUCAAGCUGUGGGAAUGAAAGACUUAUCAUCUUCACGACAAACCACAAAGAGAAGUUAGACCCAGCUUUGUUGCGUCCAGGGCGCAUGGAUGUGCACAUUCACAUGGGCUAUUGUACUCCUGCAGUAUUCAGAAAACUUGCCACUACAUAUCUUGGAAUCAAAGAUAAUAAACUGUUUGGCUGCAUUGAUGAUUUGAUUAAGAAUGUUGAAGUUACUCCAGCAGAAGUGGCGCAACAAUUGAUGAUCAAAAGUGAUGACCCUGAGGCUGCUAUCCAAGGUUUCAUUGAAUUCCUUAACAUGAAAAAGGAUGAAGUUGGGGAAGAUGUGAUUCAAGAAGAGGAAGCAAAGGAUACAAAAGAAAUGAAGGAUGGAAAACAAAGCAAAAAGCAUGAUGAAACUGAAACCGGUUCCAUUUAUCUUACUUAGGUAUAUUAUGUAUUUUCAAACAAUUGUACUAUAUUAUAUAUAUAUAUUUACUAAUGCACAAUUUCAUAUUUUAAAAUGGGGUUUUUCAUGAAUCUUGUCUCUCGGUAGGAUAGAGAUAUCCAAAUUAAGGGCUUUUAUUUGGUUUUGAUAAGAUGCACAAAGUAAAAACUUCUGUCCUUUAUCUCAAUAAUGUUGUUUCAAGCAAAGAAAUUGAUUUGUUUUGGUGUACAUCUGCAAAGGACUUGGCCUUUCAAAUCUCAAAUGCUACAACGUUUUCUUUGAAAAAAAAAAAAGGGGAUCAUUAAAAGUGUCUAUGGACCAGAUUUGGGUCAAGCUUCUUUUCUAUUAUUAAACAUAAAAUUCUUGGCGGAAGCCCAGCUCAACAAAAGUAGAAGUCGGGCCAGGCUGGCUUAACCAGUUCCAGUGGUCAUUUGUUUGCAUGUAAUUAUGUCUUUUUAUCCUUUGCCAUACCAAUUAGCAAUAUCCCA